AUGCAAUGGAUCCAUAUGCGCCUACCUGUCACUGUUGGAUACCCACUUCCAUAUCCACCCGUCCAUCAUAACCACCAGCGAGGGACACAAUCAAGUGACUGCCUAUUCCAUCGUCGUGAGUACAAUCAACAUGUUAUUAUUAUGGAUGCUGGAUAUUUUGGUGCAGAAGUCUACACGCUCGACAGCGCCCAGUCGGCAUUUGCCUCGAUAGUUCGCGAGACUGUCAACCAUACAAAGAAAGAAUCGGCCACACAGGGCCUGAAUGUGAUAGAUACGAAUGCGGUUGAGAAGCAAGUCCUUUACGAUGUCUUCGGUGCUGAGGUGAUCAAAGUCGAAGCCGGAGGUAGCUUGGCCCUUGACCACAAUUAA